AUGCGCCUGGCAUAUAUUUCACGAAGAUGGCGGCUCGAGUGUUGAGGCGUGCGAUACAACAGCAGGUUUGUCUGCACAAAGUGUUAUCUAGCAAUAUUCGCGUGUGUCGUACGAAUGUGAGGAUGAUCAGCACAGCUAACAGACUAUUGUCAGACAAACUUUUUUCUGACAAACAUGAGUGGGUAACAAUUAAUGAGAAUGUUGGGACUGUUGGUAUAUCCGACUACGCCCAGGAUAAGUUAGGAGAAGUAGUGUAUGCACAACUUCCAGAGGAUGGGACAGAGUUGGAGAAAGAUGAUGAGAUAGGCGUAUUAGAAAGUGUGAAGGCAGCCAGUGAAAUUUACACACCUAUAUCCGGUACUGUUGUGUCUAGUAAUAAAGCUGUGGAGGAGGACCCUACCCUUGUUAACAAGUCCUGCUACGACAAAGGGUGGCUGUUUAAACUGGAGUUAUCAGACACGGGGGAGCUAGAUGGAUUGAUGAAUGAAGAUGCUUAUAAUGACUUCUUAAAGACAAUAGAAUGAGUGUGACAAGUAAUUGGUUUAGCUGACAAUCUUUAUCCCACUGUGUAGCUACUUCCUUGGGGGUUAGAUUUUACUGUUGUUGUUUUAUGCAGAACUUUUGGAGUGUAUGAAGAAAUGUGUGCAUUCAAAUAUAUUUAGUAUUAAAGUAAUUACAACCUCAGAGAAAUAAAAACAUCCAAACCAAACAAAUGUUUGUGCCAGUAAUAUUUAAACGUAUAUUAUGUAUGUAAAAGUUUGUAAGAUCUAGAUCUAAAAAUGCUAUUCUGUUUAUACUGCAUCCAGUUCAUCUGCUUAAAGAAGUACAAAACAGGAUAGUAUUUAUCAAUUUUGCAUUUAUCAUCUUGUGAUAGCAGAGGACCUUGCUAAGCAGGGAUGUGUUUGUUGUUGUAAUAGUUUCUUUCUGUAAGGAAAAGAUAUUGCAGUAAUCAUUUUGUAAAGCCCAAACUCAACUUUGCGAACUGUAAUUUUUAUACCAAAGAAGUUCCAUAGUAUGCUGUUUAUUUUGCUCAUAUAAAAUUGUAUGUUUGAUAAUAAAAAAAUAAGUUAUAAAAUACUGCGGUGAAUUAUGGUUGAGGAAAAUACGUAAUACAAUGAUAGACAUGAUGCAACUGGUGUAGCUCUUUCCAGUGUUCUCAUUAAAAGCCGGUCGUCGGCAAAACUAGCCUGCUAUUCAUAAACUUUGAAACAAGCUUUUUUUUCAGAAUUCGUAUAGAGCAAUGUUAUAGUAUGUGAAAAUUGAACUCGCUAUUCUUUUCAAGUCAACCACCUAUUCAAAACUUGAUAUGAACACUGUCUUUACAUAAAAAAUCAUCAAUAACCUACUGAAGUGUCGGUAAUAAACUUGACAUCUUGACUAUGUUUGAUAAGAAUAUGAAAUGACUACACCUCAAACAAGCCUACCAUACACUUUAGGGUAAAGCCUGUUGUGUUUAUAUUAUGUGUUUAUAUCUACCUUGUACAUGUAUCAGGUGUCCACUCCUAACAGAUAAAUCUUGUAAGGUUUUUAACUGAAAGUCAUCUGUGUAAAACUGUUAAGUGAGUGGGAAUCCCCAAAAAUGUAAACAACACAAAUUGUCUUGAUAUGCAAAUAAAGAAUGUAACGUACAACCACCUGAAAUAACAAACAAAAUUGGUGGGCUCUUUGCUCGAUAUCAAAAAGUUGUGUUAAAACUGUGGGCUACCCAUGGCACUUCUUUACUCAACAAUUACGCAGGCUUGUGUUUCCUUUCCAAUCACCUUGUUUCACAAUAAAUUUCCAGUUGAAACAUCUCUUUAAUCCUUUCAUCACUGUAGACCAUAAUGGACUCAUCCAUAUCAACACAAGUUUGAAUCUACUAAAAUUAUAUAGGGGUGAAAGGUUCAAUACUAGUUACCAUAAUUGGGAAUUCAGAAUUCGUUUUCAAUACAUCAGGACCACAUUAAUGAUUACUCUUUUAACACUAACAGAGGAAUGUAGAAAAGUCAUUAUAAUUAGAACUGGCAUUGGAAUCGGUUACAGUCUGAACUAAGAGAGUAAUAUGGUAAGAUACAGCAGGGGAUCUGUUAUCUGCAUUAUAAUACCCAAGAUAUGAAGCAAUCAAAUAAUGAUUGGGCUAUUACAGAAUUGACGAGCGGUGGGAAGCAUUUUUUCAGAGGCCCCACCAUGCAAUGAAUGUUGAAAUUGAUUUACCAAAGAAAUAGUAGCUAGUUUUAGCCCCACCACCCAUAAUAUAUUAUUUUAGGUGCCUCCCUCCUCCUCAAUGUAAUUUGCUAUGGAUUAGCCCUUAUUUUAUUUUACAAAAAUGACUUCUUUCCUUUCUGAUCUGAGAUGGGCAUUAAUAGAAAUAACCUUACAGGAGGAAAGACAAUAGAAUGAUGGAAUAUGAAAAAUAUCUAUAUGCAUAUAUAUAUUGUAUGUUGAUGCUCAGGAAAUGUAGUUAUCAUUCUAUUUGGUACAGCUAUUGGAAUCUCAGGAAAUAAAUCUAGAUAAUUAUUUCCACUAUUAUCCACAUUUAUGAUGAAUCUCUUACAGAUAGUCUACAAAAUAUGUGAGACAUAUCAAGACCUCAAGGUCUUGGAGUAUCACAUCAUUAUAUGUUGCAUGAACUGUCUAGUGAAACUAGUAAGGAGGAGAUUUGGUUUUGUUUACAUCUAAAUUGAACACUGCAAGGUGAAUGAAAUAUUGCUCAGUCCUUUAAUGCUUAGUUGUGACACAUGCAUGGUUUUGUAAAAAAAUAAAAUAAGAUUUUAAGACUUGUUCCAUCAAUCGUGUAUGAAAUAGAACACCUUUAAAAAUAAUACAUAGGAAAGUAUUUUUACUACACUAGACGAGUACAUGGUUAUAAUAUUAAAGAAAAGCAGUUACAGUGUUAAUAUCCUGGUCUUCUCACUUUAAAAUCUCAACACAUAGGAGAGUUCCAGCACAAGGUGGCGCUGCACUUGAAAUUUUGCCUGCACUGCAUUUAAGAAUUCUUGCAUGUUGAUGUAUUUGAGAUUUUCAAGAUAAUAGAUUAUACUUCUACUUUUAUAUGUAAUAUGAAGUGCUGAAAAUAGACCACAACAUUGGGGUCGAAAUAAUUAUUAGCUUUAAAGCACAAUGACUUAGAUAACUAUCUCCUGGUCUGAGGUUAUUGGAUAUUUCUAUUAGAAUGAAGUUGAUGCAUUUAAAAUACAUGCAAUAGAUAUUUCAUAAAAAAGGUAUUUAAGUUAUUGUAUUUUUUAUGCUUUAUUUAACAUGUUUGCAUGCUUUAGUUUGAUUACUUUGAGGAAUAUUGUAAUCUCCCCAAUAUUUUGCCGUUUAUCAAUAUUAGUUUGGUUACAAAUGAAGUAUGAGUGGAAGUUCUGUGUCCAAAUUGUCCAUUAUGUCUUUCAAAGAUAACAUUUAAUAAACCUUAUAUGCAUACAUACA